UUAUUCCGUAGCUUCAGUUAAAAAAUCAACCCGAAUCUUGCAAAGUCCUGCAAAACGUUUUCUGCAUAAGUCAGCUCAAAUAGACUUUAGUGGCGGUGACCACCCAAAACAGUGCCAUUUUUAGACGUUUACUGCUGACGUUUACAGAGGCUUCAAAUAGCUUCCGUUUUACUCUGGUAGUGAUUGGACUGUUCUGUACUUACCCAGAGCUAACAUAGUGGCUGAACAAGUCCGACAUUCUACACUUCAAUGGAGGAACAGCCCAAAGAUCGGGCACAAGACAGGCAAUAUCACCACCACGGAGAGGACAGAAGCUCAAUUCAACAUACUACUUGUCUAAAAAAUGAUCAGAGCCACUUCCAGCGCCAGCAUCAGGAAACGCAGACGAAGAAAACAGGUUGGGCCAUCCGGAAAAGCAAUAAGAAAGUAAACGUCAGUGAGGAAGAGACGGACAAGAAUCCACAUCUGUCUGAUACUGUUGGUAUGUCACAUCCCUCCAACAGCAAUGGUAACAGACACACAAGUAGUACAAAUGUGAAGCAGAAGUCAUCACAAAAGCUGCACACGACUGUUGCCAAAGUGAGCAGCAAAGGACUGGACCAUAAGAAGAGUAUGGACCUUAAAAAUGACAAGGACAAGGCCCUGGAGUUGAAUCAUUAUGAGGGCCAACCCUUGGAUAAGAAAGACUCUGUGUUGCUUCAAAAUGGCAUUGUAAACUGUGGUUUAAUUACAAAUGGUUAUUCUAGCAAGGACAAUGAUGGCAGCGGCUCUGAAGGUGGAUACACUACUCCGAAGAAACGCAAGGCCAGAUGCAACAACACCAAGAACUCUGAUAAUGUGAUAAGAGAAAAGGAGAAAGACAUGCAGCAGGGCAACACUACGCAGGAUCAUGGGGCUUUUAAUCUUGAAUCAAGCGAGAAGGCAGUGACUUCCAGACUUGAUGGCUUUAGAGCUGCCAGUAAAGCAGAAGCUCAGUCUACAGCUAAGCGGGCUGCUGCUUCUGAGGCUUCAAUGGGUGAAUCUCAGAGGAAAAACUCUGAUAGCAAAACUGUUGGCACCUUUGGUAAAAAGACUGAGGACAGGCACAAAGCCAAGCUUUCCUCACCUUCAAAAGAGGACUCAUGGACUUUGUUCAAGCCCCCUCCAGUAUUUCCUGUGGACAAUAGCAGUGCUAAAAUUGUUCCCAAGAUCAGUUAUGCAAGUAAAGUAAAAGAAAACCUCAACAAAGUAGCUCAAGGUGGAGGAGAGGCACUGCCUCCUCCUGUUAGACUGUCACAGGUUCCAAUGUCUGCUAUGAAAACUAUCACCUCAGCUAGCUUUACUAAUGGCCCUGUUUCUGGAAAUGGAAACGGCUGCCCAUCAGUGGGUACCUUUUUUGCUCCUGCUGCUAGUAGUAUUCCACCAGCCCCAUCCAUCCCAAGUGGCGAGAAUGUAGCAUCUCCUUUGGAAAGUAACUGUAGCUCUACAACAAGUCCUGUAGAUGGAGAAGCAUACGAGCUUAGAAAGUGUACUCGUUUAAUUUACUCUUUAAAUAUGCAACCUGUGCUCCCUAGUGCUCGUCAUCUUGACCCGCCGGCUGCUCAGACAAAUCAGAAAGCCUUGGGAGAUAUCUUCCAGAAUCAGUGGGGGCUCUCCUUCAUCAAUGAGCCCAACUUGGGGCCUGAGGGAGGAAAUGGUCAGGUGUCUGCAGAGGACAAAACUACUGUGGUCACACCUCAAAGCGAGUGUCAGGCUGGAACAGCCAAAGUUGCCCAGCCCUGCUUCGACGUUAGCCCAUCAUUCAUGGAGCCUGUCAUGUUGGCUCAGGACCCAGAGAAAAGGACUUGUGCUCCUUGCAAUGUAUCUAAUGUUUGUUCUUCUGCUUGUGUGAUGACUGAGGAGGAGAACAAGCUGCCGCCAUGUGGCCAGGAAAAGACAAAAGCUGAGGGCAAGUGUGCAGGUUCUGCUGUGUCGGCCCCAAGUAAAGACAACGGUGCUAAGCCUGCACAGGGCCAGCUAACCACUCUGUUGUUUGGCUCAUCUAAAGAGCAGGUCCACUCUAAAGACAUUGGCAGAAGGUGUAGCUGGGGAUCCUUUGAUGUUAAAGCUGCUGUCACUUAUCACACUAAAGAAAUGGAAUCCGUUUUCACCCUGCAAAAACAAGAUCCAAAAAGAGUAGUGGUUUAUGAUGAGACCAAGGAUGGACCUGAUCAGUGAGGCAGAUGCUCUACAGUACUUACCUUCUUCUCCUCUGGGUGCUGCGGUUAUCUACCUUGGAAAUCAUAAACCCUGUUGGACAAAUAAAGUGACAACUGUGAAAACAUUGAUAGUAUAGCAUGUCAGAUUUUCCUUGGAAAUCGCGGGUGGAAUAACAGACUCCCUCGGGGGCAUCAGACAACGCACGCACACUUUUGAGGGACGUUAACGGAGUUGAUCGGUGCCUCUCCAACAUGUUAAAACUUGCAAACUUUGGAGCUGUGAUUGUGGCUUGUCUCAUGGCUCUUUAGGAUGAUGUUCAACAAAGGAAGGUGUCAUGGAUUGCACCUCCCUAAGCCUUUAUCCUGUUGAACUGCGGCAGCCGUCAGUCUGACUAUGGGAUGCCUCAGUCAUUUUCUUUCUUCACGCAUUCAAAUGAGUUCAUUGUAGAUACGUUAGACGUUAUACAUACACACGUGUGUGUGCAAGCUUGAAUUCAUCGUGGAGUAAAGCAGAACACACUUUGCAAAGAAUGCCUUGAAGUUGUGGACUGAAGAUCGUCGAUGUCCUGUUAAACUGUAAGUUAAGUGGAAGCUCGUAGGUGAGGCCCCAUCCAGGAAGGGUGAACCUUGUCUUAAAUCCUUUAGGGGAAAUCAGAGCCCUAAAAUUAAACGCUUGCUUUUCCUUUUUACCGUUUUGUCCGACCUAACGUGACGAGUGUUAAUCCGCACUGCAGUAUGACCCCAGAGCACAGCUAAAGAAGUGCCCUAUUUGAAGGAAAGCUCCGCCCCUUCAUUUCAUCCUUUAUUACAGGUGCGCUAAAGAUUUAAAAAUCAGGUCUCUGCUAAAGGCGAAACCUUUAUAUGUCAAAGCUUUUCAUACAUUUCAUGCACACUGUUAAUGUCAGUGGAGACUUCUCCUAAAUUCAGAUUCAUAGACCUUUCUAAUACAUGAAUCAUGAGUUUAGGACUACGCGAGUGACAUUUAUAAGCGAGAUAACCAACAAGGUCUUCUGCAUUUUGUUCUAAUUGUUGAGCAGUAAGACUCAGGAUGUUCAUACAGAUUCUUUUGCCUGCAUCUCUGUCUGUGUAAAAACUGUUCAAUUCCUCUUGUCAAAGGAACAUGUGUUGCAUUUUACAGCUUCGAUUUCUUUUAUUUUCUGACUCAGCGUUGGGUCUUUAUUUUUCUGUCUUUACUGUCUUAUGGCAUUAUAUUUCCUGCAUGUUUACUGGUGGAAAUGAACGAGUUGGAGGUCGCUCUUCAUGGCCACACAAAGAUAACAGUAACACAACAACAUACAAUUGCAAUACUAAUCUAGGUUCCCCCUCUGACUAGCCACUUUGUGGAAACUGUUGAAAUGUGAAGAUGAGUUGUACUUUUUAUGUUUUACUGUUUAUAACAUUUAACAUUUUGCAAAGCAGUGUGCAAUAACACCGUGUGAUCCAUACGCCGUGUGAAAAAUGGGUUAUAUGGAGCUACAAAAUCAUCACCUGAGAUGCUGGUGUGGCCUGCAGUUUGUUUUCUUUAUAAGAUAGUUGCACAAACUAAGUGCAAAAGAGCUCAUGCUAAAAGAUCUAAUUAAGUCUAGAGAGCCCAAAAUUAGCUUAAACUGCUAACUGGCCAUUCGUGACACUCAUUUUCAUCACCACUUCCAAAUCAGAACCGGUUUAUUCAGCGCAACAAAGGAACUGUCCAGGCUUCUGUUAUCUAGAUGAUAUGAUUUGGUUAACGUGUGGAUUAACAGCACUUUAUGUAAACUAAUUGCUUUUAUCUUUUAAUUGCUAGAGAGAGAUCUAUAUGUACUGACAAGAAAUACUCCUCGAAAGAAUGGCUCUGGGCUGUUACUUUUCAGAAAAAAAAUAAUAAAUACAGAAUUAUUAAAUGUAACUCAGGUAGUGUUGAUAAAGCCAUGACUAUGUUAAAUAUUGUUUUUGCCAAAUGUCCCCUGUCCUAUAAUGUUGGAUUGGAAUUCUAUUAUAUAGAGUCUCAUAUGAUGUUAUGACAAAACACCAAAUACGAACUCGUGAGGGAAAACCGUCAUGGCAUGCCUGGUGCUGUCAUUGAUCAUUUUGAGCUCUUCAAACUUUUUUCGCUUUCUUUCCCCCUUUUUUUGACAAAAAAAGCACAUUACUCCACAUUUUAGUAACCUAGACUGUAAUUUUCUUGCAAUCAUUGAUGGUUGAUUUUCCUCCCUCGUGUUCACAAUGAAGCACCUCUUGCUUCUUUUAUUAUUGCUGUUCCUGUCGGGGUCGAGCUGUUUUUCAAGUACACUUCUCUUCACUGUGUCCUGAUUAGACAGCACUGCAGAAAGAAGCCCUAACUGCAGCCCGACAUUUCACUUCCAUGUCUAAUCUCAGUCCGCUCGCUGGUAUUUAAAGAUGCUUUGUUUUGGCUUCCAUUGUACAGCGUGUGAUGGAUGAGUGUAUUAUCAGAUGCUGCCCUCUGAAAAAGAACAAUUGUGUCGGAUGUGGUCAAUGAGGAAGUGAGGGUGUUUAAGGAGAUAUCACCCGUCAGCAUUUGGACUGUUUUUUUCUGUGUUCUUGUAAGGAUUAAUAUUUGAUCUGUCAUGAAGUUACAAAAAGAGUUUGUUUGUUUGCCCUUAAUUCACACAAAGUGACAUAAUCGCAUCAACUAAAUGCCAAAUUUAUCAAUCAGCAGCAACGCAUCUUUAGGCUCUAAAUGUUAAACAGGGUGAUCAAAUGGAGUAGUUUGUGAUGUUACUGUAGUCUUAUGACCUUUUUAAGAUAUUUUAACUUCGUCAUGUUUUAAAGAGGAGGAUCCUGCACAGGGAAAUCAGAGAAUCUCCAUUCUCCUGCCCCAAGGCUCCUCUUUUUUUCAAGCACUUAUUACAGCAAAAAGGCUAUGUGGAAUAUGCAUCUUUAAAGAGAGAACUAUUAUUAGCAUUGUAGCCUGCAUACCAAAAACAGGUUCUUGAAGCUGAGUAGAUGGUUAAUCAGCGAUUGGAGGGAGAAGGGGGGGUUUGAGUGACUGACUGUUGGUGUGUUGAGACAGAAACGCCUGAUCAUGUGGAGUUUUACAUUUCCACCUCCUCAGGAUGUGCAAUCACCUCAAGGAUGCUAAUGCAGGCUUCCAGGUUUUCAAGUUUGGCCUCGUCAUUUCGUGAGUGUGUGUGUGUGUAGCGAGUUCUUCCUAUUAUAUGCAAGUUCCUCAUAUAUUUCAAUCCCCGCCCCCCCUUGCCAUCUCCCCUUGUUGUUUCAUGUUCAGGUGCCUGUGUGGAAAAAAAAAAUACUUUUACAGCAAUUUUGAUUGUUUAAAAUCUGCUUCUAGCAUUAUAUCCGUGCCAUUUUUUUCUUUUUGUAACAUUUGCAACGCUGUUCAAGUUCUAAUCCUAAUUUCUUCUUUUUUGAGCGACAUGGACGCAACUGAAAGCGAUGAGCGUUUUUUUUAAGUGUUUUGAUGAGGUUUUGAAAUAUUUCAUGGCUUGUGAUGAGGUGUGCGUGACCUGAAGCCAAAAUCAGUUUGAAUGGGACGGAUGACAAGCUGCUUGCUGGUGUGGAAACUGGUGGCAGUCCAGUGUCGAUAAUGUCUGAAGUAGCACAUAAUUGAUUUAACAAAUUGAUGUUUUAACACGUUUAAAAGCAUCUUUUCUUUUUUAUUUUUGAGUUAUAACCUAAUUUAUCCAUAGAUGCACACGUAGGAUGAGACUAAAAGGAAUAAAUGAUAAAGAGAAUCACAACGUCUCAUUUUUGAGGAGUUUUAGAUGAUUUUAGUUACUGAUUAAGACUGAUGUAGACCCCAAUAACACCCAUGUUAAUAUAUUUUCCAGCAGAUUUUAUACAAAUGACUUUUAAUUCAUUUCUUCAGAUAGUUGUGAUGGAGCAUCCCAGAGUUCCUAUUAAUAUAUUUUUUAUUUGUAGUGAUCAAGUUGUGAGGGGGAGGGAGGUGUUAACAUGUGGUUCAACAACUCUGGAUCUGCUUAUUUCGCCAAAGGUACACUACUCAGAUAUUCAGCUACUGAAAGGCAAACGCACAGACAGACAGACAAAGGGGGAUGGGGCGUUGUUGAUGAUGUCAUAUCCAGCUCCCUGACAUCAUGCUGGGCUUGAAGUGAAGAAGAGUCACUACUGUAGCAGCUGAAUGUCACUUUGAGGGUGUUAUUUUAAGGUGCGAUGGAGGAGGAAUCUUAAAAAACAAAAUACCGAAAGUGCUGCUUCUUCAUCCAGUAAUCAAUCGUCUGUAAUGGGAAAUGCUGGACUCGGUGUUUGUGCUCGACUUUAAAAAAAAAAAAAAAAAAAAGUCCCUCCUUUAAACGGCCUCUUGUGGAAAUGUGUUAAUUUUGGGGGCUUUUAUUUUCUUUUUCUUCAAUGACACAUGAGAGGUACAGUGUUAAUGAUCCCUUCUAUGGGAAGACAACGUGUCUUUACAGGACUGAGUCAUGAAAAGAGAGGAUCAGAUGUGCCGAGUCAUCUUUGUUUUGUUUAUCUGUCAUCUCAAAUGGCUGUUGUGCUUCUUAAUGCUUUUUUUUUUAAUCUGUUCCUUUUAUCAUUUUUGCAUCUUAAGCCCCCCUAAAAAAUGAGGCAAUAGCGUUUCUUUCUCAAAUGUCUUACAGGUUGACAUUUUUAAGUGAGCAGUCUGAUUUAUUUAAUUAUUGUUUUGGAUUUAACAAAAGUGUCACAUUACAAUGUUUUUUUUUUUUUUUAAAGCAUGAUAAUAACCCUCAAAUUCCAAACAAUGUAAUAGUCAAUUAAAAAAAAGAAAAACCUCCAGUGUUCACAAUUUUAGUUUCCAUUAAAAUGUCAAAUUUUCAUGAAGAAAUCUUUGUCCUGAGUUGUGGUUCUUUUUUUCCUGUCAUCUCUGAUUCUGAUGCUGUUUCUCUAAGUCCGGUCCUACAGAUGCGAGGCAAGAGAAUUUGGAGCAGGCUGCCAAGUUUGCGCGAUUACAUCAUUGGAAAGGUAGUGCCCAUAUACAAUGGCAGAAAUUUAAGUGGAGAUGGUAUUAACAACAGUGUGGUCUAAUAUGCGAUCAUAUAUAUAUAUGUUGGCGAUUUGGUAACGAUGUGUAUUGCAUUAAUACUGGACAGCGUUGCGAUUAGAUCAAGAUAUAAUACAUAAAUUGCAUUAAGAGUCUGCUUCCUUGGUUAUCAAGGAAAGGCAGAGAAUUAACUCAAAACAUGAAUAUUAAGUAGCAUAGAAAAAUUACAAUACCUUAAGUUUUUACAAUACUGCUUUCAAAACAGUGCAGUAGUGGCACUAUUGUAAACUUAAAGGCAUUGCAUUGCAGAUAUUUUUGCAAACUUUUCAAGUACUACUUAAAAUUAAUUGCACCCUUUUAUGCAAUUAUGUCAUUAGCCUGACAUUGUGA